AUGAACUCAUCAGUUGAAGAAAAGAUAGUAGGAGAAGUAGGCGGAGAGUGUAAUGAAGCCUCCAAUCCCGAGGAAUCCCGGGAAUUUGUGUCUGAAGCUCAGACUCGUGAUAUGCUCCUUGAAACAAAGAUGACUGAAAAUGAUGAAGAUGGCAAGGAUGUUGUACCUGUUGGAGAUGGAAACAUUGAGGAAUUCUCUCUAGUAGAGACUACGAGAAAUGAACACUUGGUGGAAGAAACCCAUAUUAUAGAAAAUGAAAAAAAUGAGUACCUAAAAACAGAAAUUCCACAAGAUGUCUGGGAAUCUAAAGUGUGUACGAGACCUGAGAACUCUGAUACCAGCGAGAGCAGUGAAAAACAGAUACAAGGUGAAGAAGGAUUUGUCGAGGAACCAUGCCUGAUAUCAGUUGGAAAGGAUACUGUUACAGAUAGACAUCAAGAAGCCGAUGCAGGAGAUCCAUUCACAGAAACUCACAUGAAGCUUGAACCUGUAGAAUCAGGUAAUGAUCCGAUAGCUGACCAGAUUGCAAAGACUAAUGAGGCAACAAAGAUCAUAAAGAAUGGAACUCUAAUAGAAGAAAUCCAAAUAAAAUUGGAGGAGAUGAACAAAGAAACGACAGUUUCCACUAAAACUAGAGAAAUAAUUUCAGCAAAGAAUGAGGAAGGCCCAUACAUGAACAUUCAUGAAAAACCUACUAAAAGUACACCAUGUGAAGCAAAACCAACAGAAAGAAUGUAUGACAUGGUAGUUAAACCCUCUUCUCUAGAGCUUGAAGAAGAUACGUCAACAAAUUCAGAGACCAUGAUAAGUGUAACGGAAGAUGCAAGAAACCUUGAUAAUUUAUCUGAAGUUGUUGUUGAGGCUUUAGCAAGCGAUAUCCCAGAUAAAGAAGAAAAGGCUAGAGAACAUGAAGGGGAACAUAUUGAGACACAAGCCAUAAAUGCAGUAGAAGAAGUUGAGCACGAAAAGAAUGACGUUCCAGAAGUGAAUAUCUUAAAGGAAGGUGUGAAGAAGCUUGACGAGUUCAAUAUUCAAGAAAGACCAUGUGAAAGCAAAGAUACACAAGUUCAAAUUCCACAACAUGAAGAAACCCAGGUUGUCUUGGCUGUUGAGCAGGAAAUAACAGAGGAAAGUGUCAUGGCUAGAAUUGGCAACAACAAUACUUCUGAGUCUUUUGUUGAAGAUCAAAGUCAAAUGAAAACCGAUCUCAAGCAAGAAGCAAAGUUUGCAAAACCAGGACCAGAAGGUUUAUCUGCUGACCAACCUUCAGCCACGGAAACAAUAGUGAUAGAAACUACUGUGAACCUGGAAGAACGCAACAGAAUUCCUCAAAACUUUGAAAGGAUUCCUGAAGCCAGUGAUACAAAAAAUGAAGAGGAGGGGUCAAGAGAAGUGGACCUCUGGAAGGCCACAGAGGCAAACACUGCAACAUUUUUAGAGGAUCAGAGUGGAAGCACCGAAGAGAAAAACAACACAGAGGAGCAGAAACCAAGAGAUAUUUCAGAGAUUAAUGGGAAACCAAAAGAAGCAGAAUGUGGACAGUACAAAGAAUCAAUCAACAAAACAGAACCAUCAAUGUCCGAUCUCAUACUAGACUUCGAAAGAGAAUAUUUUGUUGAGAAGAAAGAACCAUUGGAAAGUAAAGUUCCCCUAACUGUUCAAGUUGAAAAAGAUGCAAAAGAAGAAGAAAAAUACUCAGCGGAUGCAGAAGAUGAACAGGUAAAAGAAGACUCAGGGUCUGAUGCUCCAGUAAUGGUAGAAGCCUCAGCUGAUGUUGAUGUAAAUCAGCUCACAAGAAAUCACACAACAUACUAUCAGGAGUAG